UUUAUUCUAGUGACUUUCAAAUAAUUGGAGUGGUGCGCAGAAACGUGACCGUCAAAUUGUGCACACAAGAGUACUUAUUGAAUACAUGUUCUAUAUUAGUGAAAUAAGUUAAAAUUGGUUUACUUUGAAUAGUAGCUAUUAUUAGUUCGUUUGUGAUUGCAAUUAUUUCUAUUGAUUGUAUUUUUAAAGGUGAUUAUUCAUGUAUUAAGUGAAAUUCUUGGAAUUUCAGGAUGACAUCCCUUAAAAUUAUGCAAUCUGGUUUAAAGCUAUUCCAAGCUACGCCAAAGGUUCUAACUGUACCUUUGAGUAGAAGCAAAUAUGUUUCUGUUUAUAAAAGUAACAAAGAAGCAUCUUGGGGAGAUGUUGCAGACAGCAGAAUUUCCUAUAUGUUUUUUGGUGAAAUUAUACGAGGAACUGCAAUCGCUUUAUCUGCAAUUUUUAGAGAACAAGCAACAAUAAAUUAUCCAUUCGAAAAGGGUCCUUUGAGUCCAAGAUUUAGAGGAGAACAUGCACUGAGGAGAUAUCCAUCGGGGGAGGAAAGAUGUAUUGCAUGUAAACUAUGUGAAGCAAUUUGUCCAGCACAAGCUAUUACUAUUGAAGCUGAAGAAAGAGCUGAUGGUUCUCGACGAACAACCAGAUAUGAUAUAGACAUGACUAAAUGUAUUUAUUGUGGUUUCUGUCAAGAGGCUUGCCCAGUGGACGCAAUCGUAGAAGGUCCAAAUUUCGAGUUUUCUACAGAAACACAUGAGGAGUUGUUAUAUAAUAAAGAGAAACUUUUGAACAAUGGAGACAGAUGGGAAUCAGAAAUUGCUAGUAACAUUCAGGCUGAUCAUUUAUAUCGUUAGUCAAAUUGUAGAAUAUAAUAAAUUAUGUGCAGGAAAUAACUAAAAAUAAUUUGUAUAGUUUAUUUGAUUAGUAAAUACAUAUUGAUAUUAUCCUAUAA